AAAUGAUAGUUGCGACCUUUAGAUCUCCCGAAUCUCUCCCCCUCUCCCUUCCCUUUACAUUUCUCAUAUUCUCAAUAUCAUAUCUCAUUCAUUUCUUUUCCUUUGCAAGGACACCAAAGGAGAAACGUCUUCUUUCCUUCCUUCAUUUCUUUCUUAACUCUCUCUACCCUCCCUCUCCCUCUCUCUCUCUCUCUCUCCCUCUCUCUCAGUUGCAUGGAUAUUUAGAGGCUGACCCAUGUCUGGAUGCUUGUAGAACUAGGGUUUUGAUUCCUUUUUAAGAUAAGAAGAAGAAAAAACAGGGUUUUGGGUGAUUAUGGAAUGGGUUAUGGGGUGCUGGGUUGUGAUGGGUGCUAUUGUUAUUGGAUGGUGUUGGUUUUACAGCAACAACAAGAAGAUGAAGAUGAAGAUGAAGAAUGACAGUAAGGUUAAAGGGAUGAAAAGCAAAAUGGGAAAGAAAAGUGAAGUUCCAAAAGGAAACUUAGGUUGGCCUUUUCUUGGUGAAACUUUUGAUUUCAUUGCUUGUGGUUACACCUCUCAACCUGUUAAUUUCAUGGAGAAACGGAAAUCUCUAUAUGGGAAGGUGUUCAAGACUCAUAUUUUAGGAACACCAAUUAUAGUAUCAACAGAUCCAGAGGUGAAUAAAGUAGUGCUACAAAACCAUGGGAAUGUGUUUAUUCCUGCUUAUCCCAAAUCAAUCAGAGAAUUACUUGGAGAAUUCUCUAUUCUUCAAGUGAAUGGGAAUCUACAGAAGAAACUCCAUGCAGUUAUUGCAGGCUUCUUGAGAUCACCACAACUUAAAGCUGUAAUUACCAAAGACAUUGAAAACUCUGUCAAACUAACUUUGGCUUCUUGGAGAGGCAUGCCCCUUGUACUUGUCCAAGAACAAACCAAAAAGAUUACCUUUCAAGUUUUGGUUAAAGCACUAAUGAGUAUUGGUCCAGGUAAUGACCUAGAUUUUCUUAAGAGAGAAUUUGAAGAAUUUAUCAAAGGAUUAAUCUGUUUACCAAUCAAACUCCCUGGAACAAGACUAUACAAAUCUUUGAAGGCGAAGGAGAAGUUGUUGAAGAUGGUGAAGAAGAUUGUAGAGCAAAGAAAAGAAGCAAUGGAAAAAUGUAAUGACGAGGCAAAUCUAAGACCUAAUGAUAUAUUGGACGUACUGUUACGCGACAACGUUGAAGGAAAUGAUCAUAAGCAAUCGGAUUUCAUCAGCAGCAAUAUUGUAGAGAUGAUGGUACCUGGAGAAGAGACUGUACCUAUGGCCAUGACGCUAGCUGUGAAAUUCCUAAGUGACUGCCCCGUCGCUUUAAAACAAAUGACGGAGGAGAAUAUGGAGUUGAAGAGGCAGAAAACUGAUACCUGUGAUGAAUAUGAUUGGACUGACUACAUGUCCUUGACAUUUACUCAAAAUGUGAUUAGUGAAACUCUUAGAUUGGCAAAUAUCAUUAAUGGGGUUUGGAGGAAAGCUCUCAAAGAUGUGGAAAUUAAAGGUAAUUUGAUACCAAAAGGAUGGUGUGUCUUGGCAUCAUUUAUUUCUGUUCACAUGGACAAAGAAAAGUAUGAGAAUCCCUAUCAGUUUGAUCCAUGGAGAUGGGAGAGAACAGGAACUGCUGUUAACAACAGUUGCUUUACACCUUUUGGUGGCGGACAACGGCUUUGCCCUGGACUGGAACUAUCCAGGCUUGAAAUCUCAAUCUUUCUUCACCAUCUUGUCACUACUUACAGAUGGGUAGCUGAAAAGGACGACAUUGUCUAUUUUCCAACAGUGAAGAUGAGGAGGAAGCUACCAAUCACAGUCACAACCCUACACCAACCCUACCAAUAAAACACACCCAAAAGAAAAUAUUAGCUGGUAGGUGCAUUGACAGCCACCAAUAUAUAGAUGAUGAUUAGCCCAUAUCUAAGGAAAACUCAAUCGUGAUGUUGCAAGUUAUAUAUAAUAUCUCAAUUUUCUCAUAUUUAAGGAGAGCCCGUUUGUUAACACCCAAACCUAGCAGGAUUGCUACUGCUGGUCGUCCUUAUUCCCCAAUUAGAUACUCAAAGAAGAAAAUAAAGAUAGCUCGUAUGGUCUCGCCUAGCAAUUCUGUGUGGUGGCGUCCAGCAGGAUUGCUACUGCUGGUCGUCCCCUCUCUCUAUUAGUCGCUGAAAGAAAAAAAAAUGAAUAGACAAUGGCUAGACAGUUCCAUGAGAGGUGGGAUGCCACUGCAUGCAGCUGAACAUGUGUGUACAGCCAUUACAUACAGUCUUCUCUUUUCUUGUUUCUUUUUUUCAAUUAAUUGGAAAUAAAUACAUAUAUAUAUAUAUAUAUAUAUGGAAACAAGAGAUUCCCUAUUAUAAGGGUUAGUUCUUGUGUCACUUUCUAUUCUCUCUGAGAGGAAGAAGAGAGGAGAGGGUGUGUUUGGUUGGGUCUAUAACUUUUUAUUUUUUUUCAAGUCCUUGAGAAAUUUGAUUUAUUGCAAGUGGGGAUGAUUUGAAACUAACUCCCAUAUCUAAGUCCCAAUCUACUAAAUUUCUUGUC